UGUGGUGUGAGAGAGCCUUCUCUUCGGAAGGAAGGACGCCAACUCUCGACUCAGUUUCCAUUCGACUAAGGAUCUGCUAUGGGUAUGCAUCUGACGAAAUAUUGGAAAGUAUUUUUUCUGGUGGCGCUAUUCUGGAGAGAAACUUUGGAAGCGUCACAUAAAUUCCCACGUGGAACCGUUCGAGGAGGAAAAAUCCCAAAAGCCCACGAUGGAGAGUUGAGCUACUGGUUCAAAUCCGAAGUAUCGGACCCAUCGAGAGGUUUCAGCCAGUCGAGGGCCGAGGUAAAAAGGGGAUCUCAGGUUCAAGGAAAGUACGAGUACUCCGAUGGACACGUCUGGGUCAAAGUGGUCUACACCGCAGACCACCAGGGGUACAGGGUUAUUAAGGAGGAGAGGAUUCCCCUGAAGAAGCUGAGCUUCACGAACAAGACGCUUUAUUCAAAAGGGAACAAGAAAAAACCCGCUGAAGCAGACGUUCAAUAUAAACUUUAUAAACCAAAUAUAUAAUUUAUAUUUUUCUAUA